AUGACAUCAGCCUCGCGAUCUCGCAAACUGUCAACAACACCCUUUGUGAAGCUGGACUCUUCAGGGAAGACCAAAGAAGAAGAACUCCCCGAAUAUAUUGCAGAAGAUUUUUAUCCGGUUUAUAUUGGAGAUGUGCUUGCGUCAAAAUAUCUGGUCGUUGCCAAACUAGGAUUUGGUUCAACUUCAACGAUAUGGCUUUGCCGUGACGUUCAGUAUGACACUGUGACUAGACGUUAUUGA